AUGUUAGAAUAUGAGAAUUUUGAACAAUAAUAAUCAGAAUUAUUGGAAUGUUACACUAACAAAAAGGGAAUAACAACAUAUUUGUUUACUUGGUUAAAUUAAUUUAUAUAAACUCAUCAGAGAAACUUGGAUUAGAAAGACGUUUUCAAUAUCAAUUCCUAGGAGAGUAUUGAAUAUUAGACUAUCAAAUUUCAAUUAAACAAAGAGAGCUUGAUAUAUUCAUUACUAAAAAGUUACCCAACUCAAUGGAUAUGCAUAACUUUGCUGAAAGUUGGACUUAUGGGAAUUUUGUUGUUAAAUCCUUAUUUGAUAAACAUGAUUGUUGAACUGUUUGAUUCACCUGGUUUGGAUAUGUGGUAAUUUUUAAAAACAACUUCAUUAUUUACUUUAUGGAUUAUGGCUGUUUAUUGUCAAGUUUCAAUAUAGAACUUUUAUUAAGUAAUGUAUCGUUUAUAAUUAAUAGAAAUAAGUCUAGAUUGAAGUGUAGGCUGCGUUGUCAUCGAUUUUGUAUCACAAAUUAUUUACUGCAUGCUUACCAUUGCCUUCUUAAGCAGAAAUAAUAAAUUUGUUUUAAAUCGAUAUUCCACAAAUUACAAUUUUGUUUGAUUGUGGAGUAUCUCUAUUUUUAACACCAUUUUAAAUCUGUGGAGCCAUCUAUAUAUACUUUUAAACAGUAGGCGUGGCAGCAUCCUUUGGUUUGAUUGGAAUGGUUAUCCAAGUAGGAAUUUCAUUGAUUUAUGGAAGUAUAUAUUCUAAGUAAAUAAAAGUUUAUAUUUUAGAUUACAAAAAAAGAUAAUGAAUUCAAGAGAUAGUCGUGUAUCAAAUAUGGAUGAAUUAUUGAAGGGCAUUUUGACAAUAAAACAGAAUUGUUAUUAUAAAUUCUUUUUCAAUCGAGUAAUUGUUAGAGUUAUAAAAGAUUAGAGACAAAAGAAAUAUCGAGAUGUCCAACAUAGCCAUCUAAUAGAAAUUAUCCUUUUUUGUGAAGGCUUUGUUUUCUAUUGUUCCAGUAGGAGUUAUGUAUUUUACAAUGAAGAUUUUUGACAUCUUUAAUUUAAAAUCUGUCUUGAUGGUUACUUAGAAUUAUGCUUAAUUAAUUUCAGCUGUCAAUUUUAUCCCCUACAAUUUGGGUCAGCUAUUAAUGGCCAAAACAUCAAUAAAGAGAUAUAUGGAUUUCAUUUAAUCUAAGGAUGUAGAAUAAUAAAUGGUACAAGCCUAAUCAGUCCAAAUUUUAAUUAGAGAAGGCAAUUUUAGAUGGAGAAAUUCUAAUAAUCAAUUUCAAUUAAAGAAUAUCAAUCUUUCAAUUUAAAAAGGAGAAUUCAUUGUUAUUGUUGGAAAAAAUGGAUCAGGAAAAAGUACCUUAUUGUAUAGUUUAUUGGGGGAAUUAGAAAGAACAAUUGAGAAUUCAUUUGUAUAUCUAGAUGGGACUGUUUCAGUAGCAUCAUAGGAGCCUUUUUUGAUUUAAGGAACUAUCAAAUAAAAUAUCAUUGAUGAAUCAGUUAUGGAAUUGGAUCGAUAUCUUGAAAUUAUAAAAACAACCUAAUUGUUAGAGGACAUUCAAAGGAUGGAGUGUGGACAUAAUAGUGAAGUUGGAGAAGAUGGUCAAUCAUUAAGUGGAGGACAAAGAAAGAGGGUUCAUUUAGCCAGAACAUUAUAUAGGCACAGUGAUAUCUAUUUGCUUGAUUGUCCUUUUGAAUCUUUAGAUCAUAAAACUGCUAAGAAAUUAAUGGAUGCAUUGUACCAAAUUAGUCAGAAGGAAAAGAAAACUAUAAUUAUGACAUGCAAUGAUGUAAGCUAGAUUAAAGUAUGUGACAGAAUUAUUCAACUUGAAGAUGGAUUGAUCACCUAUAAUGGCAGUUUAGAUAAAUUUCAGGGCAAAUCUGAAUCAAAUGACUUAGAUUCUCUAGAUUUAAUUGAAGGUUAAUAGGUUUAAUAAGUAUAGUAAAAUGCAAUCAAUUAUUAAUCUAAUAGACUAUUGUAUAAUCUUAUUGAUAAAUAAUAAAUUACGGUGAUGGAAAAUGAAGAUAGAUCCUUGGGAAGUCUUCAAAUGGAGAUUUUCAAAUAUCUAUAUCAAUUAUUUGGAAGAUAUUAGACUUUAGUGUUGAUAAUGGUUUUUUGUAUAUUAGGAAUGUGUUGUUCAACAUUUUAUUAAUUGAAAUUGAAAUCCAUUACUGAGAUUUCCAAUUCCAAUGAGUCCACUGAAGAUUAAAAGGCAGAUGCGGUCUAAUAGUUUUUAUUUUUUUAUCCACUCUCUCACAUUUUGAUGGCCUUGUUCGCUCUAUUUAGUGGGAUCUUUUUAACUUCAAAGGGAGUUACUGCUUCUAUGUUGCUCCAUAAUAACAUUAUCAAUAAUCUAUUAAAAGCAUCAGUAGCUGAAUUUUAUAAUGUUACUUUAGUUAGCAUCAUAAAAAAUAGGAUGACAAAUGAUAUUUUCCAAUUUGGUAUGAUGUUAUUUAAUACGAUUAGAUAUGAAUACUCCUUCUUUGAUAUCAUCCUUAUUUGAUAGUAUCUUUAGUUUUAUGGCAUUAGUGUUAGGAUGUUUAUUUCUGUCAAGUGCGUUAUCAUACCCAAUUUUGAUUUGUUAUUUGUUGUUGCAAACAUAAUAUAUGCUGAAAUACAUAAGAAUCAAUUUAGAAAUAUCCAGAUUAUAAGCAAUGUCUAAAUCUCCUUUGUUGAACACAUUAACCCAAACUCAUUAAGGUAUUUUAUUUAAUAGACAUUGCAAAUAAACAUCAAAUUAACUAUCAUGUUUUUAUUAAAAAUUUAAUGUUUAUACGAAAAAUUCAAUUUGUUCUGCUGCUUUGUCUGCUUGGUUUAUCCAAAUAACGUGCUUUUUGAUGUUGAUAAUGUAUGUAUGCAUUUUGAUUGUGAAUGUAAAUAUUUUGACUUAACAACUAGUACAUUUACAAACUGAACAAUAAGGAAUCUGCAACCAUAUCAAUGUAUUUGGCAGUAAGUCUAGGUGAAAAAUUUACUAGUUUCAUUCUAUCAUUUUAAUCAUUUUAUUCUAACAAUGUGUAUUUUGAAAGGUGUCUAUCUUUGAUUAAUAAUAUUCCAAAAGAAGAUUUAUCCACUCAACAAUACAGUGAUUUUGAGAAUCCGAUGGAUAGAAGAAAUGAUGAUAUUCAUUUCAGUGAUCAUGAUAGCAUCAGCUAAAUUGAACUGAUGACGAUAAAUUCUGUUGAGAGUGUGUAGGAAUUGCAAGAAUAGAAUGUCCUAGAAUUAAACAACGUGAAUUUGCAAUACAAAAAUGCGACUGUAUUAACAGAUAUCUCAUUCAAACUUAAAUAAAGAUAAAAGGUUAAUUGUUUUAAUUCUAUUUUUUAGAUUGCUAUUCUUGGCAGAACUGGAGCUGGAAAGACCAGUCUUAUGCAUUGUAUCACAAGAUUAGUUGAACCGUAUUCAGGAUCCUUAAAAGUGCUUGGAUAAGACAAUAGACACACAAGCAUUAAUAGAAUAAGAUCUCUAUUUUCGGUUGUGUCUUAAGAUCCUUUUGUUUUCGAAGGCACAAUCUAGUAGAAUAUUGAUCCGAAUAACGCUUAUAAUCCUAUAGAAAUAAUCAGAACCCUCUCCAAAUAUGGGCUAUCUUAAGUAAAAUUAUUGGAAAAGUUGUAAUAUCAAGUGGAACCAUACGGUUCUAAUCUGUCUUUGGGAGAAAAAUAAUUAUUAGUUUUGUGUCGAGUAUUAUUGUAAAAGAGGAGGAUCGUAAUUUUGGAUGAGUGCACAGGAAAUCUAGACAAUUAAUAUUGCUAAUUAAUCAAUUUGACUCUUGAUUUAUUUAUGAAAGUAUUGAGAUCUUUUUAUUAGUAGGAUAAAACUGUUAUAGCCAUAACUCAUAAAUUAGAGUUGCUUGAUAUGUUUGAUCAGGUUAUGAUCAUGGAUUAAGGAAAAAUCGUUGCUUUAGGUUCAAAAUAGGAAAUUUUAAAUCAGUAUUUAAAUUAGAAGGUGUAAUGA